AGAACCUGUGAGAUAACAACUAUGUAAGUGCUCUCUCCAAGGUACUUUUGAAUUUAUUGAAUGCAUAAAAGAUUUGAAUGUAAAUGGCAAGCGUAUGUUAUCACCGCAUAUAGAAUCUCUAACUACCAGUGUACGGCUCACAGAAAUAAUUUGUUUCCUUUACAAAUAUACGGAGGACAAGAAUUUGAGCAUCAGAAUACCGAUCUCUUAUCUGACAAGGUUGUUACUGAAAUUCGCAUUCAGUGUACAAUUUGCCUUCAACGAUGAUAUUCUACAGACAGAAAGAUGGGAUUGCUAUGGGCUCUCACCUCGGGCCACUUUUGUCAGACAGUUUCAUAAAUGGAAUCUUAAAAUCAACAAUGGACAAAAUGCUGCUGUACAAAAGCUAUGUCAACGACACUUUUACAGUCUGUCAUUACGAUUCUGAGUGAAAUUGUCUUACAUGUGCCACCCUUCAAUUUAAUUCACAACAGUAUUAGGAAAUGAAUCAAACACUCCAUUUCUGGACGUGGAAUUGAC